AUGGCUUCAAAUCAAGAAGUGAACAAUGCAAGAUUUGACCAAGAGGCCGCCCAGUGGGACUCGAACAAGAAGCAUGCCGAAGGCGUCAACAAGGCAUUUGAUGCUAUCAAGCGCUAUGUGCCCGCCUUCUCCGACGGAACCUCAAAAAAUCUCGACGUCUUGGAAAUCGGCUGCGGCACCGGCCUCCUCUCUUUCCAGCUCUCUUCCUACGUCCGUUCUAUAGUUGGUGUAGAUACUUCCGACGGCAUGAUCGACGCCUUCAACGCGAAGACCGCCUCGCUACCGGACCCCGCCAACGCGAAUCUCGCCGCCGUGAACGUCCUCGUGCAGAGUGCGGAUGAUGUCCAUCUGCAAGCCGCAGCCGCCGCACUAGCACAACGCCGGGGCGAGUCCGGAAAAGAUGUGCCGUAUCGCUUUGACCUAGUCGUUUCGCACCUAACACUGCACCAUAUUCCUUCGCUCGGGGAGCUGCUGGCUACCCUGAAGGAUUGCCUAAGACCUGGUGGUAUGCUUGCGUUGACAGAUUACGAGGAUUCUGGCCCCGAGGCAAUUGAAUUUCAUGCUGAGAGUAAGAGGCCUGGUGUAGAGAGGCAUGGGAUAAAGAAGAGUGAGAUUGAGGAUAUCAUUGAUGGGGUUGGUUUUAAUGAGGUUGUUGUUGAGCGAGCGUUUGAGCUGAGGAAGGAGGUGGAGGCCAAGGACGGUGGGUCGAAGCGGGAGAUGGAUUUCCCAUUUCUGAUAUGCUUGGGGAAGAAGUGA